UUUUUAACUCCGUAGUCCGUACAAGAUUUUCACACGAAAACCUUCUCCUUCACCAGUUCUUGUUGUAUCCUUCCUUUACUAACUCUCGUCUCUCAUUGAUGGGUUCAUGGCCCUCCAUGAGGUCAAACUUUGCUUAUUAGGGGAGUCAGGAGUUGGUAAGACCUGUAUUGUAAACCGGUUUGUCUCUGACGUGUUUUCAGACAAGGAGCCGUUGACUGUUGGUGCUGCAUUUUCAACAAAGACCAUUCAAGUUAAUGAUCACUCCAUAUUGUUCCAGAUAUGGGACACAGCAGGACAGGAAAAGUAUCGUGGAUUGGCUCCAAUGUAUUACAGAGGUUCAGCUGCUGCAGUUGUAGUCUAUGACAUUACUAACCUGAAGAGUUUCAUUGAGAUGCAGAGCUGGAUUCAGGAGCUGAGACAGUUAGGACCACCAAACCUUGUGCUGGCUAUUGCUGGCAAUAAACUAGACAUAUCAGAAUCAAGACAGGUUACUGCUUCAAAAGGUGAAGAAUAUGCUAAAUCAGUGAAUGCCAUAUUCAUGGAGUGCAGUGCCAAAGAUGACACCAAUGUAAAGGACCUAUUCUCUAGAAUAGCUGAUACUAUACCAUUAGAUAAACUAAAUGUCGAUUUAAAACUCGGUACGGUCAAAUUAAACAGAAAAUCUGGACACUCAAGCUCAGGUUGUUCCUGUUAAAAUGAGAAGCACACACGAAUAAUUUAUCACACAUCCAGAGAGAAAGGAUAUCAUAUCUUAUUAAAUGCAUCAAUU